AUGAAAGCAGUGAAGACACUUAUGAAGGUUCUGGUGUCGAAGCAACUCCCACCCGAGGGGAUGAAGAUUCUGACAACUUCUGAAGUGUGUGAAGUGUCUCUGUGGGACACAGACGGGCCACGGUCGGAGCUUCUCAAGAAUGUGCAGGGAGCCCACGGUCUGCUGUGUCUGCUGUCAGACAAAAUCGAUGCUGAGGUUCUAAAUGCUGCAGGACCCAACCUGAAAGUAAUCAGCACAUUUUCUGUGGGAUACGACCACUUGGCUCUUGAUGAAAUCAAGAAACGCGGCAUACGUGUCGGCUAUACUCCUGAUGUUCUGACUGACGCCACAGCUGAACUGACUGUUGCUCUUCUCCUGGCAACUGCUCGCAGAAUACCUGAGGCGGUGGAGGAAGUGAAAAAUGGCGGCUGGAAUUCUUGGAGACCACUCUGGAUGUGUGGAUACGGUCUUUCAGGCAGCACUGUUGGAGUCAUCGGGCUGGGACGCAUUGGGAUGGCCAUUGCUCGGCGACUCAUGCCAUUUGGAGUGAAGCGGCUGCUCUACUCUGGAAGAACAGCAAAAGCUGAUGCUACAGAGUUCAAUGGGGAGUUUGUUCCUCUGGACACACUUGCAACUGAGAGCGACUUUGUUGUAGUUUCAUGCUCACUAACUCCAGAAACCCAAGGCCUUUGUAAUAAGACCUUAUUCAGCAAAAUGAAGAACACUGCUAUCUUCAUAAACUCAAGCAGGGGGGCUGUAGUGAACCAGGAGGAUCUGUACGAGGCUCUGAACAGUGGACAAAUUGCUGCAGCUGGGCUGGAUGUAACAACACCUGAGCCACUUCCGACAAACCACCCGCUUCUUACACUUAAAAACUGUGUGGUUUUGCCUCACAUCGGCAGCGCCACCUACUCCACAAGAGGCGUCAUGGCUUCCUUGGCAGCCCGAAACCUGCUCGCAGGGUUACAGGGCACACAAAUGCCCAAAGAACUAACCUUUUAG